UCAGUCGGACGCAGCAUCUCCCUCUGAAAUGUUGGACAAACUGAAUCUGUGGUUUGUUCUCUAUCUUCUUGGCCUCAGCCUCAUCCAAGGGCGUUCUGUAGGCGGUGACACGGGAAACAUUGGGGAGGAGUUUUUGGUACCUCAGCCUGAUCCCACAAUCUUUGCCUACAAUCUGUAACGAGUACGUGGCUAGGGUGUUGUUGCAUGACGAUAAGGACGCACGCGCGAUGGUCCAGCUGCUCCUUGUCGGCUAUUUGGGGUGGUGAUCUUGUCCUUCGUCACGAGCCAGUAAAUUCUAAAAUUUUAUCGAAUUUUCGCGUGCAGCGACAAGUGGUAUGGGGUAGGAGAAAUCAUGUGAAUCCGCGCCAGCACGAAGAGGGAUAGUUAUUUUACUCAUGGAAUUCCUAAAGUUCCUCGGGUGUUCUAACGGAACCAAAUUUGCCCUCCCUGCCUUGGCCGUUCUUUACCGAAAACUUCCCAUCAUACUAUCGAACGGCCCCUUCUACUGAUUCGGGUUCUAGCGGGGACUCAUCCUAGUCGAAGGCAAACAAAAAUGCAAUUUAGCUAAUCAUUAUAAAAUGUAUUUAAAACCUAAAUAAAAUUCUU